AUGCAUGGCCCUAUUUAGGCCUUUGGUAAACUUAUGGAAAAACCAAAAGGGAAAAUUCAAGAGAAACUUACUGAUUUCUAGCAUAGAAAGAAAGAAACAAAUAGAGUGGGGACACAACAAUUUGGUGAUGCCAGUAAUUGAGUUUGGUCGGUUAAGCGUCGCUCUUCAUCUUCUUUCACUCUUUCCCUUCACUAAAACCCUCUCUCUCUCUCUCUCUCUCUCUCUCUCUCUCUCUCUCUCUCUCAAUGAAAACCUUCAUCUUAUUUCUUAUAAACCAGAUGCCAUCACCUUUUCGCUCCCAAUGAGAACUAAACACAUACCAAAUCUGAAAUCUUUUUCUUUCUAAAGCGUAUCAGCAUCCCCAUUGUCCUUUCUCAUCUACAAACUCUCUCUGCUCCUGUAUCGUGAUGGCGGAGCAGCUGAGCUCGUCAGAGCAGCGGAGCAGCAUAUCUUCCCCUUCGUCCUCAUCCCCCUCCUCUUCUUCUCCCUCGCCUCCGGGGAUCGCCGCCACUGCGGGUGGAAGCAAGAGAACGCGCGAACAGAGCAAGCAUCCAGCAUACCACGGAGUUCGCAUGCGAAACUGGGGGAAAUGGGUUUCAGAAAUCAGAGAACCGAGGAAAAAGUCAAGGAUUUGGCUCGGGACCUUUCCCACCCCAGAAAUGGCGGCGCGCGCCCAUGACGUGGCGGCUUUGAACAUCAAAGGAAGCGCCGCCAUUCUCAACUUCCCGGAGCUAGCGGCAUCGCUUCCACGUCCGGCGACUCUCUGCCCCCGCGACGUGCAGGCCGCCGCUGCCAAGGCGGCUGCGAUGGAGCCUCCGAUGGAGGCUGCGCCGCCGUCUCCAGACGAACUCGGGGAAAUCGUUGAGCUGCCUCGGCUGGUUGACUUCGUCUUCCAUGACACUGUGGUUGACUCUUGCCCCCUGUUUUGGACAGAGAAAUCAGAGGACUCUGCUCUGUUUUCCGAUUCUGUUUGGCCUCCCAAUAACUUUGAAGCUCUGUUAUGGAACUACUAAGCUUUCUCUUUCCCUUUCCUCUCUCUAUCUGUUAAGGAAUUCGAGAGAGAGAGAGGGAGAUAUUUCAAGAGUUAUGGGUUGCUUGGUUUUUUUUGAUUUGUGUGAAUUCUAUGCUGUUUGUGAAUUGUGAAUAUGAAUUUGGAUUUCUGUUCUCUGUAUUUUUAUUUCCUUUUUGAUCUUUUUAUUUCUUUUAUAAGAUGUGAAAAUGGAUGCGUUGCCUUUUA